AAGAUCCAAAGAAAGCAAAGACCCGUCCAUAAAAACCUAACCCGGUACAUAUUUCAUUAAGGCUGCUCGGUCACUAGCAAAGGAAACUAAAAACCCUAAACCCUGAGCAAGCACGGUACACAAGCACUCUCAAUCUCUCUUGCAAUGGCGAAGACAGCGAAACGAAGCGGAAGUGACACAAAGAAUAAGAAAAAGAAGAGCAAAAAAUCAGGUCCAAACACAGUAUCAAUGAAGCUGAAAACUUCCACAAGCACCGCUCCGAAACACAAUCCUUUCGAGACCAUAUGGUCCCGCCGCAAAUUCGAUAUUCUUGGCAAGAAAAAAGGAAAAGGCGAAGAGCGUCGUAUUGGCCUUGCCCGCUCUCUCGCCAUCGACAAGAGAAAGAAGACGUUGCUAAAAGAAUAUGAGCAAAGUGGAAAGUCAUCAGUGUUUGUUGAUAAGCGAAUUGGAGAGAAGAAUGAUGAGUUAGAGGAAUUUGAUAAGGCUAUUAUGCGGUCCCAGCGUGAGCGUCAGAUGAAAUUAAGCAAGAAGAGUAAGUAUAAUUUAUCAGAUGGUGAAGAAGAAGAUUUUGAAAUUCCAAAUCUUGGUCCUCUAUCUGAGAGAGAUGAUUUUGAUGAAGGAAUGCUAUCCGAUGAUGAUAAUGAUGCUCCAUAUGGAACAACUACCUUAAAGCAACUAGAUGCCCAUGAUACACCAAAUCUAAGGGAACAGGGUGCAUUGGAAGGAGAGGAAAAGAAGCACAAAACUAAGAAGGAAGUAAUGGAGGAGGUUAUUUUGAAGAGCAAGUUUUUCAAGGCUCAAAAAGCAAAAGACAAGGAAGAGAAUGAACAGUUAAUGGAAGAUUUGGAUAAAAGUUUCACAUCUUUAGUGCAGUCUCGCGUCUUGUUAUCUUUGACUGAACCAGGCAAGAUGAAUGCUUUGAAAGCUCUUGUAAAUAAGGACAUUCCUGAUGGUUUGUUAAGUACCCAAAAACCAGAAGCUAUUGGGCAGGAUCAACCUGAUUCUUAUGAUAAACUUGUCAAAGGGAUGAUAUUGGAUAUGCGUGCUCACCCGUCAGACCGGACAAAGACACCAGAGGAAAUUGCCCAGGAGGAGAGAGAACAACUGGAGCGAUUGGAGGAAGAACGUCGGAAACGGAUGCUUGCGACUAAUAACUCUAGUGAUGAAGAGAAUGAUGACGUUGAGAAGCAAUCAAUGCAAAGUAUAAGGUCAGUAUCUGGGGAUGAUCUGGGCGAUUCAUUUUCUCUUCAGGAGGAGCCUAAGGCUAAAAAGGGCUGGGUUGAUGAGAUUCUUGAAAGAAGGGAUGUGGAGGACUCUGAGAACGAAGACCUGAAUCUAUCUGAAGAUUCAGAGCUCGCUGAAGAUGAUGGUGAUAGUGAAGGAUCUGAUGACAGCGACAAUGGUGAACAUAAUGACGAAAAUGAUAAGCCUCUGUCUUUGAAGGAUUGGGAACAAAGCGAUGAUGAUAAUCUUGGCACUGACUUGGAAGGGGAUGAAGAAAAGUAUGACAAUCUUGAUGAUGGCAAUGAAGAAAUAGAGCCAAGAGGGCAGAAAAAGUCCAAGAAAAAUGAUGAUGUUGAGACUAGGAAAGGAGAUGGAGUAUCUUUGGUUACAAAGAAAACAAAACAACAUUCAACUGAACCAGAUAUUCCAUUUUUAAUUGAAGCCCCAAAGAGCUUUGAAGAACUGUGCGCUCUAUUGGAUAAUUGUUCUAAUGCCAAUGUUAUGGUUGUAAUCAAUCGAAUUCGGGCAAGCAACGCGAUAAAACUUGCAGCAGAAAAUCGGAAGAAAAUGCAAGUAUUUUAUGGUGUAUUAUUGCAGUAUUUUGCUGUUUUAGCAAAUAAAAAGCCCUUGAACUUUGAGUUGUUAAAUUUGCUGGUCAAGCCACUGAUAGAGAUGAGCAUGGAGAUUCCAUACUUUUCUGCAAUAUGUGCUCGUCAGCGGAUCUUACGAACUCGAGCACAGUUUUGUGAAUCUAUUAAGAACCGAGAAAGUGGAUGUUGGCCUUCCAUGAAAACAUUGUCUCUCUUGAGGUUGUGGUCCAUGGUUUUUCCAUGCUCUGACUUUCGUCAUGUUGUCAUGACUCCGGCAAUAUUAUUGAUGUGUGAAUAUCUUAUGCGUUGCCCCAUCUUUUCGGGUCGUGAUAUUGCAGUCGGUUCUUUCUUAUGUUCCAUUCUUCUCUCUGUAACUAAACAAUCUAAGAAGUUCUGUCCUGAAGCCAUUGUAUUUCUCCAAACUCUGCUGAAGGCUGCUGUUGAACAAAAGCCAGCGUCUUACAGGGAAUCACAGAUUUAUCAUCUUGUGGAACUAAAAUCACUUGGGUCCUUGCUGUUUAUGCGCCAUUGUGUAAAUGAGAUUAAUCCUUUGAAUUUCUUCAUGAUAAUGGACAUGCCAGAAGACUCUUCCUUUUUCAGCUCUGAUAAUUUCAGGGCUAGUGUGCUGGUUACUGCGAUAGAAACAUUACGAGGAUAUGUUGACAUUUAUGAAGGGCUUCCUUCCUUUCCUGAGAUAUUUUUGCCAAUUUCAACUUUGUUACUUGAAGUGGCAAAACAGCAAAACUUGUCAGCAAUAUUGCAAGAUAAAUUUAAAGAUGUUGCUCAACUUAUUAAGAAGAAAGCUGAUGAACAUCAUAUGCUGCGGCGACCACUUCAAAUGCGGAAGCAGAAGCCAGUGCCCAUCAAACUACUUAAUCCAAAAUUUGAGGAGAACUUUGUUAAGGGUAGAGACUAUGAUCCAGACCGUGAACGGGUUGAAAGGAAAAAGCUAAAUAAACUUCUAAGGAGAGAAGCAAAAGGAGCAGCUCGUGAACUGCGCAAGGACAAUUAUUUCUUAACGGAAGUGAAGGAAAAAGAUAAAGCACUUGUGGAAGAAGAAAGAUCAGAUAAGUACGGAAAGGCAAGGGCCUUCCUCCAGGAACAGGAAAGUGCUUUUAAAUCUGGACAGCUAGGAAGAGGCAGGAAGAGAAGAAGAUGAGACUGGAUGAAGCCGAUUUCUAUGUUCAAACUAAUUUGCAUUUGUUGUUGCUCAUAUUCCUCAAGGUAAACACUCUCCACACAUAUCCUCUUUUUUUUGUUAAAGAAAAAAAGCGAAAAAAGUUGUGCCCUGAUAUAUAUAGACAUACAGUUGUUUAUUCCGAACAGCUGUAGAAAUUGGACUGCUGCUCUGCUAUGUACGCAUCCUUUUUGGUGCAAGGCGGCACUAGAGCCAUGUAAAAUUUUCCAUGUUCUAUAUUCAUUUGGUUUCUCAUUAAAACUCAUUGUUUGAUUGAGAUCAUAUUUGUUGCAUAGAUAAAGUAAACGGCAGUAAUUCAUGGCCAGUGGGUGGGCCAUUGUUGCUCUCUUUUUGCACCUAGGGGCAAAAAUGGACGUGGCAACUUUUUCACCUGAAUUUAAUAUUAAGCAAUCGCGCUUUGUAGCUUGAGAAUGCAAGCCCACCACUUUGGACCAGAUCAUCACAUCAAUGACUAAUCUCAGUCCCUGGUGACAGUGACAACACGAUAUAACCUCGCAGACAGGAAUUGAAGAACUGGAAAUAUAGUUUCCACAUUUCCAUUCGUAAUGGUUCAACUAGAUAAACUUCUUAUCUCAAAUUGCAAAUGCUCUCUUUUCUUUUGUUUUUUACUUGCUGUCGUAUUUUCUUCUUUGGAAGACAGAUCAUAUUCUGUACUGUACUUCUGAGGACUUAAAUUGAGGUGCAAUAGUCAGGCUUAUAUGAGGAGCAUCAUUUUAUUUUUA